AUGGAAGAUGAAAUAAACCAAAUAAAUGAUCAUAAAAUGACAGGGAUCGAUUCAAUCGAAGAAGAUAACCUCCCAUUUUCACAAAAUUGAGAAGAGAUGUCUUGGGACUCAGAUCCUCAAUUGGAAGAUCACCAAUAUCAAGACUCUGAUGAAUAUGAAGCUGCAUACAGUGCUGGAGAAUCUAUAGGCGAAGAAGACAACUAUGAUGUGUGAGAUGAAGAUUUUGUAAUUCCCUUCGAGGAGUGAAAUAACCAGGAAAGUCUAGCUUAUGAUCCUGACUAUCAGCGGAUUCUAUUACAGAGAAAAUUAUCAGAGGAGAUCAGGCAUGAAAUGCCUUUUUACAACGAAAGCAUAGAGGAAUGACAAAUUAUGUGUUAUAUGUGCCUAGAAAAAAAAAUUGAUUUCGAGGUCUUGGAUUGUAAGCAUAAAUUUUGUAAAUCAUGCAUGACUCUUUUGAUGAUAAAUUACAUUAGCACAGGGAAAAUUUUCCCAGAUGAAAUGAAAUGCCCAAGCUGUAGCACACAACUAUCAGAAAAGAUUAUAUAUAAAUAUACAACCAAAGAGCAACAGCACAAAAUUCUUACAUUGAGAAUCCAAAUGAAAGGGCAGAAGCUUGUAUCAGAAAAUAAAGCAGUUCAUUGUCCAGUUCCUGACUGUAAUGGGUUUGGGUACAUUUUUAAAGAUGACACUAUAAGUGCUUGCUCUGAAUGCCAUGCUGGGAUCUGUGUUUUGUGCAAAAAAGGAGCUCAUUCUGGCAUGACUUGCAAAGAUUAUGAAGAAGUUAACCCUGAAGCAAAACUAGAUGAGCUUAUCAUGAGUAGGAACUGAAAAAGAUGUCCAAGCUGCGGAGCAGCUUGCAUACGUGAAGAUGGGUGUAAUUUUGUAAUUUGUGACUCUCCAGUUUGCCGUGGUAAUCAAAGAUUUUGCAAUUUAUGCGGAAAACCUUUAGCGGAGGAACAACAUUACAGCCACUUUUUAAUGGCUGGGCCAUUUGGAAACAUCUGCAACACCUUAGAUGGUACACCAGAGCCGCCGUUUUAG